AUGUCGAUGUGGCACAGUGUUGAGAAGAGCUUUGUUGAACGUUUGCCACCUGAUAUUGAUGGAUUGGUGGCCUAUCGGUUGGCCUUUAACCCUAAGCAAAGUAGCAAGGACGGUAGACCAUGGGGAACUUGGGGAACAUCAAAGAGGAAAGGAUUUGGUGGGAAAAGAGCUGUGCAUUGCAAUGGUGGAUACAAAUGUGAAAAUAUUAAAUGCCUGUUUCUUAUGCUGUAUAAUAACAACAACAGACUUCAAUUUGAAGCAGACGAGGACAGGACAAAAUCAGUAUGCAGUUGCUGUGGUGUGCCAGCUACGAGAGUAGACUGCAAUGCCAAAAAAAAUUGUGAGUUUGAUGAGGGUGAAGAAUAUGUGACUGUUUACCACUUGGGUGACCAUAAUUGCGAGGCUAAGAAAACGGUAGAACUUAACAAAGAAAGCUUAAAGCAGAAGUUCGAUUCAAAUUCAAAGACACCACCUAAGUAA